CAUUUUUUGUUGUUAUCGCCCUAAUAGCUCGCCAUUUAUGCCGUCGGUAUGCUAAAUCCUGGAGGAACGUAAAUAUUAAAUUUAUAUGGAUCUUUAAUAAAUAAAAGUUGUUAGUUGUCACAAUAUAGUAGUAUCUUUCCCUCACGAAUAAAAAAUGGCUAUGCGACAACCAGCUUGCGUAAUUGAUAAUGGCACCGGAUAUACUAAGAUGGGUUUUGCUGGAAAUACUGAGCCACAGUUUAUUGUUCCAUCAGCAAUUGCUGUCAAAGAAAGUGCAAAUGUUGGGGGCAAAUCAACUUCUUUUAAAGGUGUUGAUGAUUUAGAUUUCUUUAUUGGUGAUGCUGCUAUUGAUAGACCAACUUAUGCUACUAAGUGGCCCAUUCGACAUGGAAUUGUAGAAGACUGGGAUUUAAUGGAAAGAUUUUGGGAGCAAUGCAUUUUCAAAUAUCUUCGAGCUGAACCAGAGGAUCAUUAUUUUCUGCUAACUGAGCCUCCAUUAAACACACCAGAAAAUAGAGAAUAUACUGCAGAGAUUAUGUUUGAAUCUUUUAAUGUACCUGGACUUUACAUAGCUGUGCAAGCUGUGUUAGCUUUAGCAGCCUCAUGGACAUCAAGGCAAGUAGGAGAACGUACAUUAACUGGAACAGUGAUUGAUUCUGGUGAUGGUGUUACUCAUGUUAUUCCUGUGGCUGAGGGUUAUGUUAUUGGUAGUUGCAUUAAACAUAUUCCAAUUGCUGGAAGAGAUAUUACAUUUUUUAUUCAACAAUUAUUAAAAGAAAGAGAAACAGGUAUUCCUCCUGAGCAAUCUAUGGAGACUGCUAAAGCUAUCAAGGAACGUUUUUGUUAUACUUGUCCUGACAUUGUAAAAGAGUUUAGCAAAUAUGAUUCUGAACCUUCAAAAUGGAUCAAACAGUAUGAUGCAGUUAACAAUGUCACUAAAAAGAAAUUCUCAGUUGAUGUGGGUUAUGAGCGUUUUCUUGGUCCAGAAAUAUUUUUCCAUCCUGAAUUUUCAAAUCCAGAUUUCUCGACAUCAAUAUCUGAAACAGUUGACAGUGCCAUUCAAAAUUGUCCCAUUGAUGUACGCCGUGGCUUAUAUAAGAAUGUUGUUCUCUCGGGGGGUUCAACAAUGUUCAGAGAUUUCGGGAGAAGGUUGCAACGAGAUUUGAAACGCGUUGUAGAUUCAAGAUUAAAAGUCAGUGAAGAAUUAAGUGGUGGCGUAAUAAAGCCUAAGCCUAUUGACUGUCAAGUAAUAACUCACUCAAUGCAACGAUAUGCAGUAUGGUUUGGUGGAAGUAUGUUGGCUUCAACGCCUGAGUUCUACCAGGUUUGUCACACAAAAGCACAAUAUGAUGAGUAUGGUCCAAGUAUAGCUCGACACAACCCAGUUUUUGGAGCAAUGUCGUAAACGUAGAUACCAAGUUAAGUUGGCGAGUAUAAAAGAGAAAUUUUGGAAAAAUUUUAGUUUUUCCUUUGAAUCGAGUAAUAAUAAAUAUAUAUUGAAAGGUUUUUCGGUUAAUUUAUUUAGAUUUUUUUUUGUCAGACAUUUCAUAGGUUAUUUUUAUAUUAGUGUUAACUGUACUUUUCUACUCAGAGCUAAACUCCGUGUAAAAUAUUUAAAUCGAUUGUUUUUUUAGUUUUAUGCUUAGUUAGCACCUUUUUUUUAUUUAUUCAGAAAACAUUCUUUUUCAGUAAUUUUCUUAACCCUAAAUUUUCUUUAAAAGCUAUUCUUACGAAUUUUCAUUGAAAAAAAAAACUUUUAUUCUGAAAAUUUACACUUUUUCUAGUAAUUUUAUGUUUAAUUUUAGUUUUGAAAGCCAUCGUUUUGUCGGUGUAUUUUCGUGUAUACUUAAUCUUUUUAUGUCCAGCUAUAUUUUUCAAAAAAAAAAAUUUUGUUUUUUUUUUUUGCCUGAAAAUAAAUGGCUUAAACGUU